AUGACAGAAAUUAUUAAAGAAUCGUUUUAUCAAGAUAAGUUAUAUCAGCUUUCAGUUACUAGCUGGGGAGAAGAAGAAUAAAAAUAAAGACUAAAUCGAAGAUUAAAUGAAUUAAGCAAAAACAAUAUGACAUAAGAAACAAUAAAAAACUCGUUAAAAAAUUUAGGUAAAACAUCUUAAGGAUCGAGCUAUGCAUUUUUAUCAUUUAUAGCAAUUUAAAAAGAUUUAUAUAGUAUAAUAGGAAUUGAAAAUUAUAAGCAUUUAUAAUAUAUUGAUGUUUCUCAUAAUAAUUUAAUUACUUUAAAACCUUUAAAUUCUUUAAAAUAUAUUACUCAUUUAAAUGUUUCUCAUAAUAAUUUAAAUAAAUUAUUAGAUUUUAAGGAAAUACCUUAUAAUUUAGAAGAAGUAAUAUCAAGCCAUAACUAAAUAUAAGUAAUUCCUGACUUAUCAGCUCAUAAAUAUUUAAAAAAAUUAGAUUUAUCACAUAAUAAAAUAACAUAAAUUUAAGGACUUAGUAAAAAUGAUAAUCUUUCAGUUUUAAAACUAGCUUUUAAUAAUAUAGAAACAAUAGAAAAUUUAGAUGAUUUAAAUAUAUUAGAAUUAGAUUUAAUGGGAAAUUAAAUAUAGUUAAUUUAAGGUUUAAAAUAAUUAAUAUACUUGAGAAAAUUAAAUCUUUCAUGCAAUAAAAUAGUUUCAUUAAAAGGUUUAAUUUAUUUAAUAUAAUUAAGAGAAUUAAAAUUAUCAGAUAAUUAAAUUUAUAGAAUCAAAGAACUUCAUAAUUUAUAAAAUUUAGUAUUUUUAACUGAUUUAGAUCUUUGUUUUAAUUUAAUUCAAAAUAAAAGAUUUUAUAGAUAUUAAGUUUUAUAAAGACUUCCUGGUUUAAGAGUUUUAGAUGGAGUAAUAUGUUCAUGUGAAGAAUUUGUGAAAGCCGAAAAUUUAUAUGGAAAUGAUUUAGAAGAUCGAAAAAGAAUAUUUUGUGAAAUUUUACCUGAAGAAGAAUUUAUUGAUAGAAGAGUUAAUAUUUGUGAACUUAUAGAACCUGAAACUGAUAGUGAUAAUGAUUUAUAAAUACAAAUUGUUGAUUAAUAUAAUAAAGAAGGCGAUAUAAUACAUUAAGCAACUGCUAAAACUUUAUCAUCUAUGUAAAGAACAGGUGAAGUUGCUAUUGAAAAUGAUACUAAAAGACAAUCAUAAAAUUUUGAAUAAACAAAUAACUUUAAUAAUAAUUAAACUAUUUAUGAAAGAAAAAGUAAAAGUGUAUUUGAAUAAUACGAAAAUUUAAAAAUUAAUAGUAGGUCAGGUAGUUUAACUAAAAAUUAAAUGUCUUUAAAAUAAAGCAAUUGA